AUGUCUCCAGGAUCCGGACGAUCGGAAAGAGUUCCAGUUAAGUUCAGAGACAUCGAGACCGUGUCCGACACUUUCGACUGGUUCAACGAUUCUUUUGUUCCGCACGUUUUCGUCACGAAAGACUACAAUGGAAAAACACUUCCAGAAGAUGAAUGGGGUCGCAUUGGCUCGCUAAAUAAAGUCCUUGGUGGACAAAAGGCGAAUGGAGAUUGGCUUACGUUGGCUACGCAGCAAUUGUUGAUCACGAUCAUAACGAUAAACGGUGAGUUGCCAGCUUACGCGAUCACGAAGCUCCAGCUUGAUUUCAACCCUGGUGGAUACAUCGAGCCCAGCUCUUCGACAACGUCAACGUUGCUUGAUCAGUUCCCGGACGCAACUACAAUUGCACUGGACGUUCUUGUACUGCUGUGGCUCUUCCCCUGGACGUUAAUAUCAGCUUUGCUUUCCGUGGUGGCGCGUCAUAGAACUAUGGAUCGAGAAUCAUUAAGUCGGCAUCUUAAUGAGCUGCUUAGACAUGCAGGGAUGGCGAUUAACUUUUGGGCAUUUCCAGACGGUUGGUUUGCCAUCGACGCACUGAGGGGGCCUAUUGUGUACGCGUAUUACAUCACCGCAACGCUCUCCUCGGUUACCGAAUCUUUCGAGCAUAUCGCAAGUCUUACGGUAUUGAUUCGCCUACUCGUUACGGCUGCAGUAUUCGUGCUGGGACUACGCGGUCUAAAUACCUUUAGGGAUCACGUCGGGUUGAGUAUUCUUACACGUACGAUCGCUAGUGCAGUGCGGUCUUUCCGAACCUUCUCGGUCAUUUUUGCAGUCAUCUUUGUGGCAUUCGCUUCGACUGGAACAGUUUUAUUCGGGAACAGCGUCGACGAAUUCUCGUCGUUGCUUCAGUCAACCAAGACCUGCGUCAACAUGCUUUUUAACAAUUUCGAUGUCAGGACUAUCGACCAGAUUGACUAUUCUGUCGCGUACUACUGGAGCUACAUGUCUUUGAUGACCUUUACAAGAAGGAUAAAAGCAAGUGCUGGCUGUUUCGUCGAGUGCUCGAUCAUGGUAAUCAUCCUCCUUGGUCUCUGA